AUGUGGCCGACAUCUUAUCUGAUUGCUUGGCUGCUGCGCAGUCCAACAGUCCUCGUCCAGACACAAGUCAUGGAACUGAAGGCUGCCCUUCGUAAAUUUAGGUUUGCGCGCCGCAACUCUGGCCAUGCCGCCAUGGUCAUCAAGAUCAAUAAGAAAGACCUCAUCAUGGAGGAGGUUGAGCAGUUUGACGACAUCAGUAUCAACGAUCUCGCCGAAGAGCUCCCUGAAAACUCUCCUAGAUAUGUCUUGAUGUCAUACGAGUUAAACCACAAGGAUGGGAGAAAGAGCUUCCCCCUCGUGCUCGUCAACUGGGCUCCAACGUCCAGUGAGAUGGGCCUCUUGACACUACACGCGAGCGCAUUCCUCGACUUCCAAACCACGGCGGACGUCAGCAAAGUCAUCGAAGUGCGCGAAGGAGCAGAAGGCUUCACCAAGGAGAUAAUCGACGAGAAGCUGCUCACGUCAUGA